GGCUGAACCUGUCAGCAUUGAGUGCUGACCUCUGCAAGACCCUCAGGACAGACCCUCGGUCCACGUCCACCGUGCUACCAUACUCCCACUCAUCUCAGACCUGAGUCUGGGGGUGGCCUGAGGACAACAGUGUGAACAUGACCAGCGCCUUCCUGGCAUGGCAACUGUGGACCAUGUAAUCGCUACCCACCAAUCCGAGUGGGUCUCCUUCAAUGAGGAGCCACUCUUUCCUCUUCCUUCAGAGGGGGGCGCAGAAGACCCUCUCCCAGGACUUGCGUCCUCUUCAGACCAGUCUGAGACUUCCUCUGGGGAGCCCCCCGGGGUGGAUGGAGGCUCUCAGGACCUCUCCCACUCAGAGCAGGAUGACUCUUCGGAGAAGAUGGGCCUCAUCUCUCAAACAGCCUCCCCCCCAGGGAGCCCUGAGCAGCCUCAGCCCGACGACCUAGCUUCAGCCAUCAGCAGCUGGGUUCAGUUUGAAGAGGACACACCCUGGACCAGCACACCACCACCUCACAAAGAAGCAGCCCUUCCACUGACCAUGCCCUGUUGGACGUGCCCCUCCUUCGACUCCCUGGGGAGAUGCCCCCUGGCCUCUGAGAGCAGCUGGACCACCCAUUCUGAAGACACCAGCAGCCCCAGCCUGGGCCCCUCGUACACAGACCUGCAGCUCCUCAGCGCAGAGGAGCAUAUGAGUGGCAGGGCUUCUGUUGCCGACUCGACUGAUAAUUCUUCCUCGCUCCAGGAGGAUGAAGAGGUAGAGAUGGAGGCGGAGAGCUGGCAGGCCAGCAGCCCAGCCAUGAACGGACACCCUGCUACUCCGGUGACCUCUGCCCGCUUCCCCAGCUGGGUCACUUUUGAUGACAAUGAGGUCAGCCACCCUUUGCCUCCUGUCCCCUCUCCUCUGAAGCCAGAUAUACCACCUACUGCAUCUGUGACCCCAGAUGUACCCUCUAACUCAACUGGGUCAUUUAAGAGAGAACGUCCCAAGAGUACUUUGAUGAACUUGCCCAAAGUUCAGAAACUGGACAUUUCCUCCCUGAACCAACCCCCGUCCAUAACAGAGGCUCCACCGUGGAGAGCCACCAACCCUUUCCUGAACGAGACCUUACAGGAUGUCCAGCCGUCCCCCAUCAACCCCUUCAGCGCCUUCUUUGAAGAGCAAGAGAGACGUUCCCAAAACAGUUCCGUUGCCAGUACCGCAGACAAAAGCCAAAGAGACUCCCUCAUUGUCGUCUACCAGGAUGCCAUCAGCUUUGAUGACUCAAGCAAAAGCCAGUCCCACUCUGAGGCUGUUGAGAAACUCAAACAGCUCCAGAUUGAUGAUCCGGACCACUUGGGCAGCGCGGCACUGCCUGACGAUGACCCGAUCGCCUGGGUUGAACUGGAUGAUCACCUGCCGGGGUCUGCAUCAGCUCAACGCAGGGACGGGUGGCAGAUGAUGCUGAGGAUACCUGAGAAGAAAAACAUCAUGUCCUCCAGGCACUGGGGGCCCAUCUACAUCAAACUGACAGACCGUGGUUACCUGCAGCUCUACUACGAGCAGGGCCUGGAGAAACCAUUCCGCGAACUCAAGCUGGAGAUCUGGCACGAGAUCUCAGAACCGCGGCUCCAAAACUAUGAUGAGAACGGCCGGAUCCACAGCCUGCGCAUUGACCGUGUGACCUACAAAGAGAAGAAGAAAUACCAGCCCAAGCCUGCCGUGACCCACACAGCAGAGCGGGAGCAGGUGAUUAAGCUGGGUACCACCAACUACGACGACUUCCUGAGCUUCAUCCGUGCGGUUCAGAACCAUCUCAUGAGCCUGCCAGUGGUGUCCACGGACCUGACCACCGUCGGCUUGAAUUACCUGGAAGAGGAGAUGACCGUGGAUGUCAGAGAUGAAUUCUCAGGGAUCGUGGGCAAAAAAGACAGCCAGAUUCUGCAGCACCGCGUCCUGACCCGGAUACACGUCCUGACUUUCUUAUCCGGGCUGGCGGAGUGUCGCUUGGGGCUCAACGACGUGCUUGUCAAAGGGAACGAGAUCGUCUCCCGACAGGCCAUCAUGCCCACCACCACCACCAAGUGGAUCAAGCUCCACGAGUGCCGUUUCCACGGCUGCGUGGACGAGGAUGUCUUCCACAACUCGAGGGUGGUGCUGUUCAACCCCCUGGAUGCGUGCAGGUUUGAGCUGAUGCGGUUCCGCACGGUGUUUGCAGAGAAGACCUUGCCCUUCACGCUCAGGACGGCAGCCAGCAUCAACGGGGCGGAAGUGGAGGUGCAGAGCUGGCUCCGCAUGUCCCCCGGCUUCUCCUCUAACCGAGACCCUCUCACCCAGGUGCCCUGUGAGAACGUGAUGGUUCGCUACCCCGUGCCCAGCGAGUGGGUGAAAAACUUCCGCAGGGACAGUGUCCUGGGGGAGAAGUCUCUGAAGGCCAAAGUGAACCGGGGGGCCAGUUUUGGCUCGACAAGUGUCUCUGGCUCGGAGCCCGUCAUGAGAGUCACUCUGGGGACGGCCAAAUACGAGCAUGCCUUCAACGCCAUCGUGUGGAGGAUAAGCCGGCUGCCCGACAAGAACUCAGCUUCUGGUCACCCACAUUGUUUCUUCUGCCACCUUGAACUUGGCUCAGAUCGAGAAGUGCCUUCCAGCUUUGCCAGUCACGUGAACGUUGAGUUCAGCAUGCCCACGACUUCUGCCUCCAAAGCCGCUGUGAGGUCCAUCAGUGUGGAAGACAAGACAGACAUCAGGAAGUGGGUCAAUUAUUCCGCACACUACAGCUACAAGGUGGAAAUCGAGCAAAAAAAGAGUUUGAAACCAGACUUCGAAGGGGACGAUGUGGACAACCCCAAAGAGUGUGGGGUCCAAUGACGAAACUCUCCCUCACGGAGCCUUGACCCCAGUCAGAGAUGGCUUCCUGACCAGCCGAAGUUGAAGUCACCGCCUGCUGCGGCCACUCCGAGUUGGGAAUGGUGUAUGCGACCUUCCUGUUGGCAGUUACCUGCCAGGGAACCCUGACGUGGUUGCUUUGGAGAGGCUGUGACCACAUCAUGCCCGGAGCACCUGGUUCACCUGACUUUGGGAGCUUAGUGUAUAAUUAAGUGUCCUUGUCUGGCUAUGCUUUCCUCAGUAGCACUUGGGUGUGGUUUGACAUGACUUUUAAAAGUCAGGCAGGGAACCUACCCUGUCAGUGUUGGCAUGACUUUUUUUCUGAGUUCAUCUGUCACUUAGAUGGGCUUAUGGAAAACAGCAUCUUGAGGAGUCGGUUAACUAGGAAUCCUUCUCUGUGACUCUCUGAAGCAAAACUUCAGGAAAGGUACACAGCAAAUGCCCUCUUUGGUUCUGUCAUGCUUUUCAUAGUUGCCAGUAUGCUUUAAAUGUUAACACUACUCAGUAGGAGUUUCUGAGACGUUCCUGCCUGUUCUAGAUUAUAUAGAUUGAAACACGCUUUCUGGUCCUCUGUGGUUCAGUCCUGUGAUUCGCCACUUCAAGUCACACUUUAACAACGAAAAGACGCACAGUGGGAGACUUUCUCAUCUGUGAUUAACCCCAUGUUCUGCAAAAGGGAAGGCAACAUCGAGCUUAUUUUUCUCUAGGGGAAAAGGAACAUUGGUUGUAAGAUCCCGUUCAAUCCAGGAGACACCUUCAGUCUCAGUGAAUUCUCAGAUUUACAUUGAGAAAUACAGGCCGUUUCUGAUAUCUGAAAUAAAUGGAUAUUUAUAUAUGUACCACACCUCAGGCAUUUGUGAAGGGCAUUUGAGAAUUCUUUUUUAUACCUCAUGGACAAUAGGCAGUUGGAUGUCUCUUUAAUUCAAACCUUAUAGGUAAUACAAACUGAAAAGGUCAUUUUGAAAACUUUUGUAAAAAAAAAAAAAAAAAAAAAGCUUGAAUGAGCUUUCCCUCAAAAUUCAGUUUCAUAAUCACAGUAUUGUAAUAGAUUUAAAAGGCAGAAGACUCUAAGUAGAGCUUGUGAAAAGCCAUAUUUUUUUUCUAAGGUUAAAAACACUUGACUCCUGAUUCUAAGAGUCUGGGACACUCAGACUCUCGCCCUUCCUCUGUUCCUGUCCCCAUUCCUGUUCUGUACUGCUCUUUCUUGUUUGUACCCUGGUGUUUUGAGUGAGAAGGCAGAAAACGUGCUUAUCACAUUUGUAGAAGACAUGGAAAUAGAAAGAACAUCCAGUCUACUAAAUGACUGAUUUGGGACUACAUUUUUCAAUGAAUAUUCAUUGAAUUCUAACUGUACAGAUACUUGGAUAUAUAACCCAUUCAACUGUUUGAAAAUAAGGGUGAAAUAGAGUACACAUUGCUGAGAAACUUUAUAUUCUGGAGUUUUAUAAUGCUACUCUCUUUUUAAGUACCAAAUGAUGUACUUACAUGUGUGUAUGUAUGCCUGUGUGUGUGUAUGUGCGUGUUUUGAUGGGAAGGGUGUUGGAGAGUCGUUGUUUCACAGCAAUUCAUGUAUAAAUGUUUUAUUAGGGAAACAUAAGUUCAGUUUUGAAUCCAGAGCCUAUCACUACUAUUCACAAAUCUGGUGUGUUCAAGCCGUGUUAAUAGACCACCAGAGUGGUGAACAUGCUGCACUGGUUAGUCCAUACCUGAGUAGAGGCUGAGGCUCGGUUCUGGUACCAUAUUUCAAAGAGAGACGUUAAGGAACUGUGUCCAGAGGCAGGUGAGCAGCGUUGGGAAGGGUCUGAAUAUAUAAGAAACAGGAACGAUUCUCUUAAAAAGCAAAAAGCACAGCUGGGAAGGGAAUGCAAAGGAGAGAAUGAUCCAAAGUCUGCCUGGAAAGUUAUCUUGAGCUGUAGAGAAAGAGAAAGAAGGAUUUGCCUUACUCCGUGUGGCUUCAAAAGACAAAAAUAGGGAUACAAAGCAACUUGCUAGAUGGGAAAGCCUUGUUUCAAUAUAAGAAAUAACUGUUUGCAGUCCAGGAGGUGAUGCAGUAGAUAAGACAUUGGACUCUCAAGUGUGAGGUCCCGAGUUCGGACCCUGAUAAUGUAUGUAUCAGAGUGAUGCUCUGUUUCUCUUUCUCUCCCUUUAUCUCUAUUAUUAAUAAAUGAGUAAGAUCUUUAAGAAAAGGAAGAACCUUCUGAUAAGAGAUGUUCUAAAGAGGAUGACUUGUGUGCUGUGAAGGCAGCCUUAUGUUACAUCCGGGCUAGGUGACUACCAGGAAUCCAUAUAUAUAUGUUUAGUUUCAGUAGUAAUUGUAAUCUUGAACUCCAGUUGUCUUCUUUUUGACCAGUGGUUUUUCAGGCUCUCUGGAGUACAGUGUGCCCCCCCAAAAAGUCUUUGUUAAGUAACAACUCCUUCUACUGCACUGAAGCUGCAUGAGAGUCCUCACACAAACAACAAAGUGACUGGAAGAGCCGGCGGGUGAUGGCCUUCCAGCACUGUUCUUACCCAAUGUGCCAACCCGUAUAAGGUCCCCACUGCAUGUGUAUUACUUGGAUCCUUACUCCCCUUGCCCACCCUGUUAACUCUCACCGCCUUUGUGCUUUCAACUGGACUUUUGUUUUAAGUCAAGAGCUGGGAAAACCCCUUCCAUGUAAGCUAUAUUCUACAAGGAAACAAUUUUUAAAUGUCUACUACCACUUGGACUUCUCGUUUGUUCCCCUUCUGCUGAUUUGAGAAAGCUAGUUAUAGGUACCAUUUAAAGAUUUGAGAAGUAAAUUAUGUACUUUUGACCUACACAGAAAACAAGGGGGCCGGGUGGUGUUGCACCUGGUUGAGCACACAUGUUACAAUGAGCAAGGGCCCAGGUUUGAGUCCCUGGUCGCCCACCUGCAGGGGGAAAGCUUUGCGAGUGGUGAAGCAGUGCUGCAGGUGUCUCUCUGUCUCUCUUCCUAUCUCCCCUGCCCCUCUCGAUUUCUGACUGUCUAUCCAAUAAAGAAAGAUUAAAAAAAAAAAAAAAACUUGAGAAAACACAGGCAGAUUUCCAUUCUGAUAUGCAGAUUUUAAAUUUUACUACCCUGCAUCUGGAUUUGUGUAUGUGGUCACCAAUAAUUCUUGUCUGCAUUAUCAGUAAUAUAAAAACAUUAAGAAGGAAUUCAUUUUACCAGUAGAUAGUAUUACUACCAGAAUAUACAUUACACAUCAUGUGCAUGCUAUGAAGAGCUACCUUUUCUUUUGAGUCUAGUCACUUGCUGUGCACCUUUCAAGUGAAAGAGUAAGAAACAUGUUCAUCGGGGGCAGGGCAGUGGCGCACUGGGUUAAGCGCACAUAGUACGAAGCAUAAGAACCCAUGUAAGUAUCCCCACUUGCUGCAGGGGUCACUUCACAAGCAGUGAAGCAGGACUAUAGCCGUCUCUCUGUCUAUCCCUUUCUGUCACUCCCUCCCCAUCUCAAUUUCUCUCUGUCUUAGCAAAAAAGAAAGAAAAAACGGCCACAGGAGCAGUGGCCACAUAGUGCAGGCACCAAGCCCCAGCCAUAAAUAACUGUGGAGGCAAAAAAAAAAAAAAGUGUUCAUCAUAAUAUGUCAAGCCAGAUAACAAGGUGUUUAGAGAGGAUGGAGCAUGAAUUCACCUUUACAGCUCCUUUAAAACAGAGCCCACUGGGAGUCGGGUGGUAGCGCAGCCCAAGGACCGGCCUAAGGAUCCCAGUUCAAGCCCCUGGCUCCCCACCUGCAGGGGAGUCGCUUCACAAGCAGUGAAGCAGGUCUGCAGGUGUCUGUCUCUCCCCUCUCUGUCUUCCCCUCCUCUCUCGAUUUCUCUCUGCCCUAUCCAACGACAACCUCAAUAAUAACACCAAUAAAAACUGCAACAAUAAAACAACAAGGGCAACAAAAGGGAAUAAAUAUAUAUAUAUUUUAAAAAGCCCAUUAAAGAUUUACAUCUGACUUACAUAAAGAUUUACAUCUCUACAGUUUUCAUUAUGUGUUUCUUCCUGUCCCUCUGUCUACAUUAUUGGUAAGGUUUUUGUUUUAAGUUUUCUUUUUUUCUUUUAUGUUAUUUUUAUUAGAGCACUGCUCAGCUCUGAUGUAUGUGGUUCUGGGGGUUGAACCUGGGAUUUUGAAGCCUCAGUCAUGAAAGUCUCUUGGCAUAACCAUUAUGCUAUCUCUACCAACCACUGGCAAGGUUUAUAUCCCUUGAGAACAUAUUUUAUUUAAGAUAUUUCAUGUUGGGAGUGAGAGUUACUUCUGUUCAAAUUUGGGUGGAAUUAGUUGAUAUCUCUAGAAACUCAACAUUCCCAAGAAAUAUGGUCUAAUUCCCUUAAUCCUUGUUCCUAAUUCCUAGCAUUAUGCUCAGAAUGUAAUCACCUUAACUUUUUGCUAAUAGGGCAAACUUAUACCUACACCAAUACAUUAGAGGGAAAUCAUUAGGUACUCAAACAACUUUCCUCAAAAUACCAGCCUGGGGUUUCAUCUGACCCACACUGAAAACCAUGAUGCAGAGCAGCUCUUAGUAAAGAUGACUGACUCCAUUUUGCUCUGCUAGUCAAAAAAAAGAGCUGUGUGGCUGAGUCUUACCUGUUUGAAUGGUCCUCUAGAGAAGAACGCAUUUGACAAGAGUACACAGCCAAGCUUCGUCUCCGAGGUCUAUUUCCCCAACAUUCACCACUGACCGGUGUUACUGUGUACUUACUUAUUUUGUCUCCAUAGUCUGUGAUUCAUAGAUUGCAAGGCUCAUAAGACGAAACCAUCUCAGUGUUGAUCACAUGGCUCAUAAAAUCUUAUUAGUUGGGGUGAGAAAGCUUUAAGAAUAUUAACUUGAUUUAAGUAGCAAGCACUGCCAUCUAGGUCAUUUUUCCUCAGUUGGGGAUGGGACCUUGAAUUUUUUUUUUCUCUAAAUUAUGAUAAACUAAUUCUAGAAUGCCUAGAGUUUAGGCCGUGUUAAGAAGACAAUAUAACAGGAAAUUUACAUGAAAGUGGAAAAAAAUUAAAUCUAAAAAAAAAAGAAAAAAAAUCAAAACAGUGAGUCAUCUGUAACACAUCACUGUCAAGUCCCAUCCCAUUGACAGCUCUUUUUAAAAGAAAAAAAAAUUAGUAUCUUUAUUUAUUGGAUAGAGACAGCCAGAAAUCAAGAGAGUGGGGGGGGAUAGAAAGGGAGAGAAAGGGAGUUGGGUGGUAGCACAGCGGGUUAAGCGCACGUGGUGCAAAACGCAAGGACCGGCGUAAGGAUCCUGGUUCGAGCCCCCAGCUCCCCACCUGCAGGGGAGUCGCUUCACAGGUGAUGAAGCAGGUCUGCAGGUGUCUGUCUUUCUCUCCCCCUCUCUGUCUUCCCCUCCUCUCUCCAUUUCUCUCUGUCCUAUCCAACAACGACGACAACAAUAAUAACAACAAUAAAACAAGGACAACAAAAGGGAAUAAAUAAAUAAAUAAAUAUUAAAAGAAAGGGAGAGAAAAAGAGAGACAUAUGCAUCCCUGCUUCACCACUUACAGAGCUUUCCCAUGAAGGUGGGGACUGGGGGCUCCUUACCCAUUUUAACAUGUGCGCUCAACCAGGUGUGCCACCACCCAGCCCCUUGACAUCUCUUUAUAUAAAGUUAGUCAUGGCAUUCUCACCACACUCUAGACAUGGUUUCUAAACAUCACCACAGUCUAAGUGCCAAAUCCUUACACAUCAAAAUUUCUUCCCAAAAUAUCCUUUGAGGUCACCAUCUGUGACACUUCAUGUCAGUAAGUCUCUGUAUAGUCUUAAGACCCAAGAGAUUUAAAAUUUGAAGACCAGAAAAAUUAGUUACCCCAUCUUUUUUCUUUUCAUAUGUCUAUUCCUUAGCAUCUGCUAAGAUACCAGAUUCCUUACGUAAACUCUUGUAAAUGAAACUUGUGUUGGAUAUGGUGACUCAUUUAUGUAUUCAUGAAAUUAAAAUGAGGGUGCGUGAGGCAGAAGUCAACUUGAAAUAUGUGUAUUCAUGAUACUUUGCCAUUUAUCAACCAAAGUACUGACAUGGAGUUUUUCUAUUUCUUCCAGUGUGCCUUAGGGAAUUUGAUUGAGAGUCUAGUUUGGAGUUGGUAAUUGAGGAAAAAAGCAUCCUUGAACUUGUACUCCUGUUGUUUGAUAAUGCUUGGUGAGGGGAAAAUAAUUAUAGUAAAAAAACAAACAAAAAACUAUAAAGGAAUAAGAAUAGACCAAAACCAGUUUCAAUAUAUAAAGUGUAAAGAGUUAAAUGCAGUAUUGGUCAUCAAACCUGAAAAGACAUAGCCUAGAGGCCAGUCCUUAAACUCAAAAAGUAAGAAGUGCAAGGAAAAAAUAAAAGAGAACACGAAUAUCUCAAGUACAUGGUCAUGGUGCUGUGCUAGCAGCCAGCUCUCCUGUGGGGAGCGAAGGCUAAACUCAAGGGCAUUGGUAACUGUUGGUUUAAGUCACUGGCAAGAAUAUAUUGAUGACUUCAUCAAGGGACAGUAGACACUGGCUCCUGGAGACAGUCUUCAAGAUACGUGACUUACUAUUUUCCCAAUUGGACUUCAGUGACCUCAGCUCAAAAAGUGAAGAAGCUAGACUCAUUAUUUUCCCCAGUCCUUCCCAACUCCAGUUUUACAGAUUAUUUUACAAAAUAUCCUUUGAGGCAGCCUGAGAGGUGGUACAGUGGAUGGAUGAAGUGCUGGGUCCUCAAGCAUGAGGUCCGGGAGUUCGAUUCCUGGCAAAAUCCAUGUGCCAGAGUGAUGCUCUGGUUCUCUUUCUCUCAUUAAAUAAAUAAAUAACCCAAAUGAACAAAAUAUCCUUUGAGGCCACCAUCUGUGACACUGCAUGUCAGUCUCUUCACACAGUGUUAAGAACUAAGUUUGGGAGUCGGGCGGUAGCGCAGCGGGUUGAGCACAUGUGGCUCGAAGCUCAAGAACCGGCAUAAGGAUCUCAGUUUGAACCCGGCUCCCCACCUGCAGGGGAGUCCCUUCACAGGUGGUGAAGCAGGUCUGCAGGUGUCUGUCUUUCUCUCCCCUCUCUGUCUUCCCCUCCUCUCUCCAUUUCUCUCUGUUCUAUCUAACAAUGAUGACAUUAAUAACAACAACAAUAAACAACAAGGGCAACAAAAAGGAAAAAAAAAAAAGAACCAAGAGAUUUAAAUUUUGAAGACUAGGAAAAAUGAGUUACCCAUUUUUUGUCUUUUCAUAUGUCUACUCUUUAGCAUCUGCUUAGACUCCAGAAACAGAAAUCUCUACAAGCCUUUAUUUAGUAGUUAACCUUCAGACAUAGAUUAGAAUGGAGGAUGGGGAAGGUCAGUAAGCACAACAGCAACAGAUUGGUCUCCAAAAUGGAGGUUAGAGUCUGGACACUACUGAAAGAAGUAGGUCAACCCUCUAAGGUUCUACAGCCAUCCCGGGAGAGUCAAUCAUUUAUAGAGGUGGCCUUGAAUAAAAAGGACAGUGUACACUGAGGGCAGAAAACCACAGUAGACACUCUGAAACUGUACUUUUACUAGCAAAAGAGAAAGCGUCCAGCCUUUCUCUCUUCAUUGUCUGUUAGUAUUAUGUAACUGUAGUUUCAGAAUUUUUUAGACAUGUACAAACUACAAAAUGAGCAACUCUUUGUGGUAUGUUAGUGUUUUAGCCUCUUUUGGUUCUUAGAAUUAGUCAAGUGUAACAUCAAUUCCAACUAGGCAGAGCAAGGAAUUCCAGCAUCCCCUUCCUGUUCUGUCCCGUGGUCUCCACCAGAUCAGACUCAUGCUAGUUUGGGUGUUGUCCAGCCACACUGAGUGAUGCCUUACAUACCACAGUCUUGCCUCCAUGUGCUUCUGCAUCAGCGGCCUCACACCGUAUCCAGUGGGGGCCGUCUCUGGGAACACUGAUAUGCGGCAAAUCCUGAUAGCGACCUAUUAGGUCUACAGGUUUAGGGGCAACGUGGGGAUACUCGAAAUGCAGAUUAUGAAAUCUUUCGUCCCUAAGCCCACCUUAGUCUCUAUCUGCCAGCAGCGAACCUGGAGAAAAUUUGACCAUGUUCGAGGAGCUGAACAGAAUCAGUGUUUUAACCAGGGAGUUAGGUCAUAGUGAACCAUGCCUCCCGCUCCAAUAGUAAGUAGACAUGUCCAGAAAGGAUUUCAGUAUCAAGAUGGAUAACCCAGUGAAUGAUUCAGCUGAUUCAAUGCUUGUGUUGCCUGUUAUUCAUCACCUGCCCUCAUUUGAUGUAACUUCUUGUAAUAUUGUGAUUGAUUUCAUGUACAACCAGUUUGCCUUUUUUGUGGGGGUAAAUGAGCCUGUAGAAUAAAGUCUACACACUGACUAA